ACGGCGAAUUUCGAGUCGACGAAGGAGAGAAUGCGGCGGAGGAGAUGGUCGGGGAGUUCGCUGAGCCUAUCCUUGAUCUUCCGAGCUUUCUUUCUGCGUUUACAUGUACAAAAUGGCGAGAGAAACAAACUUUCAGUGGUUCGGGAGGGAAUUGGCUAGGAAGAACGGUACUGGGUAUUUAGCCCACCUAUUGUGUGGGCCGUUUUAAACGCAGGGAGCCCAAAAAAGAUGAUAAAGAAAGGGAGGGGAAAAAGCCCAAAAGAAAGCAGGAGAGACUAGAAAGUUAGCGAGCGUGUUUCUCUCCGCCGUCGGCAAUUUCCAAUUGUCAGUUGUCCCCUGCUCACCGCCGCUAGCUGCUCCACCGUCACCGUUGCUAUCUCGCUCCGUCGCCACCCGCGCUGUUGCGGCUCUUCCUAGAGAGCGGGAAAUAGAGAGAGAGAGAGUCUGGGAUCGAAAUUCUGAUUGAACGCAUUUUCUGCGACCAUCGCCGGUUUCAUCCUGGCCGCCAUUUGUUUGUUGGCCGUAGCUCCUCCGGAAGAAGGAGGUUCAGGAGCAGAGUGAAUCAAUAUGCGAGCUAGUCCAAUCUGUAUCAGUCGGACAUUUAAGGCUUCUGGCUGGAGUUGGAGUACAUGAGAGAUAGAAGAUGCUUAGUAGAAUUCCCAAUUGUUGCUUCUGUACUGCUGCAACAGCACAUCCAUGGCUCUUUGUGGGCCUAGGCAAUCCUGGCGAGAAAUUCAAAGAAACUCGUCACAAUGUAGGAUUUCAAAUGAUUGAUGCAUUCGCAGAGUCACAAGAACUUCCAAUGAACAGAGUGCACUGCAAAGCUUUGUUUGGAGAAGGUUAUGUUUUGGAAGCACCUGUUUUACUUGCAAAGCCUCAAACUUAUAUGAACCUGAGUGGUGAAUCUGUUGGACCUCUUGCAGCUUAUUACAAACUUCCUCUUAACAGAGUUGUAGUGUUAUAUGAUGACAUGGACUUGCCUUGUGGGGUGCUUCGACUUCAACCAAAGGGAGGUCAUUUUAGCCACAACGGGUAUGGACUAUGGAGUAUGGACAACUGUAGUCUACUGUUGGCUUAAUCAUGGGAGAGGCAUGGUCUACUAGAUUUCUAUAAGAUAUUUCUCAUUGUUUGAAGAGUGUGAUUUAUCAUUUCCGAGGCAACAGAGAAUUUGCUCGGCUCAGAAUAGGAAUUGGGAGACCCCCUGGUCAAAUGGACCCGAAGGCUUUCUUGCUACAGAGGUUCAAUGCCACAGCUCAAGGGCGAAUUGAUGCAGCUUUGCCGGAAGGUGUCGCUGCAUUGAAGUCGGUCUUAUCAAAAGGCUUAACUGAGACCGCAAGAUUGUUCAACCAACAACAAAAGUACAAGCACAUUAGACUGCAAACCCUCCCGACAUGACAAGCUCCUCCCCUUAGGAGCAUUCAAAAGGACAUGACAAGGGUUACUUCCUUGGUCUUCAAGAAAUAUCAUGCUUUGAUCUCCUAGACUGAUUCAUUAGUUUAUCAGCACAUAACCCUUGACGAUCUGGCAGAAAGGCCAGAGGAAUUGUGAAUACCGAGGAUAAAAAUAUGUUAACCCCAUCUUAUUCGAUAUUUGGGAAGGGUUCUUUUACCGCUCUGUAUAAAAGGAACAACGUUGGUAAACAGCAGUGCUGAAGCUGUUCAUUGGUUUAAGUUAUACUUUGCCCCUGGUUAAUUCUGGCUGCUACACUGCCUUCACUGGAAUUUGUUCACUUGUGUGAUUAUGAAGGCUCGAUUUGGUUAUUUAAUCUAGA